CCUCCUCCUCCUCCUCCUCCUCUCCCUCCCUAUCCUCCUCCUCCUCCUCCUCCUCCACCUCCUCCUCCGAGCUUCGGAGCGGCGUGGCGCCGGUGUGAUGAGGGCUGGAGCUCAGGACCGGAGCGGCCUGCUGGCCAGCGAAAGCGAGGGGGCACAGGAGCUGGGGGAGGUGGGCUGCACGAGCGCAGCCGCGAGGCCUUCGUGGAAGAGGUGGUCGAGCGUCGCCGGCUCCCUGGUCGCUCUGGGCCUCGUGCUGUGCCUGCUUCGGGCCCACGCGCCUGGCGCAGAGCACGCGCCGAAGGAGACCGCCUUCAGCAAUGCAGCUUCCCUUGCUAAUGCAUCAGGGGCGGCACAAAUGGAGGCACAGCAGGCGACAGCGCAGCUGGCCGAACCGGUUCAUAACGAGACCAUCUUGAAGCAGUCGGUCGCCUCGGCACCACCACCAGCCAGCGACCCGCAGGCAGGCCCGAAUGCCACGAGCAGCAACGGUUCUUUCCUUGACACUCUUGCGGCAGCAGCAUCGUCCACAGGGGAGUCCAUUCUGGGCUUUGUGCAGGCCAAGAGCUGGGAGCUGCUCGCGGCUGUGGGGAACUUUUUUCAGUCGCUGUUCGCGUCAGCGUGGCAGUCAGUGCUGGGCUGGGUGCAGGGCUCAGUGCCGUUUCUGGCGCCCACUUGCUCAGGCAUCGAGCCGACAAGCCACUACCCCCUGCCUGGGAAGGAUUACACGCAGGGUUUGCCGAGCCCACUGGUCGCGCACCCGAGUGGCAUGACGAUGUGUGACGUGGAGAGGCUGCAGCAGGACUGCGUGGAGCAGAUCAACGUCUUCAGGGCGGGCGCGCCUUUCUCUGAUGGGCGCCAUCGGGACCAUGGGCACCUUGAUCCGCUCCAGCUCGCACCAGAAGAUUUCAGAAAGUGCAUGAACGAGAAGGCCUCGUCUGAUCAGCUCUACUCGGUGCACAAGGGGGCUGGUUGUGGCCACUGGAGCUUCGGAUUGAGCUGCGAGCAGGACAGGUGGGUCUCGGGUGAGAACAGCUGCUGCCCCAGAAGCUGCGGUAGCUACGACGACUGCAGACAGACGCUCAUCGGAUGCCUCCAACAGAUGUGGGACGAGGGCAAGAUAGUCUUAGACACGGGGAAUACUGAAUGGGGGACGAGUACGGGUCAUUAUUGGAACAUGCUCGGGAACGCCAAGUAUGCAGCAUGUGGCUUCGGGUUCGAUUCUGAUGGCGGGAUGUUGGCGACGCAGAACUUUUUCUGAGUCUCCUGGGUAGUUCACCCAUUGGGGUGAUUAGGACAUUUCCAAGCAAGCGUUGCGACUCAACGUGCAUUCUAAGAUUUGCAUGAAGUCGUCAAACAUAUACGCGAACCGCAGACCGACACUCGUUCCGUUGAGUCCGCAUGGCUGGAGUCCUGGCGAGACCCCGAAACAGAAAAGACCGAUAUGUCGGAAUACAGAUAGCUUGUAGUCGCGGCCUGCGGUAUCGCAAUCGAAUUUUUACCACGCUUUGCUUCGCAGCAUCUCAUUGCACCCUUCUCGUUCUGCCAGUCCUUGCCAUCUCUUUCCAGGAGGAUUGCAGACUGCUGUUUCAAGACAGCGUGCCCGAGGCCUCCGUCCCCCCUCCUGACAUGCCCUCCCCUGCGUGACCGCACGUGCUCCGCCCGCCAGCGUGCCAGCGCGUGAAGUAAGUCUCAAGAACAUGCUUGCUAGUUGCUGCUCACUGUUGUCGGAGACCCCGACUGCAACAACAAAUCGUACAGACGAGCACCACUUUCGCGGCCUGUGUGACUGUGGCUUAGGCAGUCGAUGUCCUUAACGGUGACAUCCUGUCGAGCUGAAAGUUCUGAUCUGUGUCGGUCGCGUAAAAUGGCGGUC